CAACACUCUUUGCGCCAAAACUCGAACGCAGUUUGAUGGUGUGUGUGUUUAACUCGGGAAUGUUUUUGGUUUUUCUUAUUAUUAACAAAAAACAGUGACCCAGAAAUAUGAGCGAAUCGGUUGCAGAAACUGCAGCUGCAGCGGAAAAUGAAGAGCAGGCCGACGACUCUAUGGAAAAGCUGGCGUUCGACGAGGAAGACGACAAGAAUGUGUCCGCCGAAGAUUUAUUGGGUGGCAAAAGUUUGAUGAUGUCGGACGACAGCGAAAAUGAAGACAUCUCUGAGGAAAAAAUCAGGAAAGUCUCACCCAAGGGCAGGAGCCAAAGGAUGAUGGAGAUUGAUUCAGAGGAAGAAGAAAACAUGACGGAGAAAAAGCAAAACUCACCCAAAAACAAGGGGCAACGGCUGCUGGACAGCGAUGAAGAUGAGGUAGUGGCCUCCAGGCCCAAAAAUAAGGUGUCCAAUAUAGAUUCAGACAGUGAGGAGGAGAACCAAUUGGAUAAAAAGGAGGAGUGGAAACAGAAGAAACCUGUCAAGAAAAACAAGAAAAAAUCUUCCGAGGAUGAUAAAACCCAGGAAGGUCAAGAGCUGGAUAAACCUUCAUUAUCAGAUAAGAAGAAGAAGGGGUCCAAAAACAAGAAACAAAAGCAAGAGGUGGAAGACACGGAGAAACCUUUCGAAAAUAAAAAGGCAAAAAAGUUGGCGCACAAUAAAAAGCAAAUAAACAAACAGGGAGAACCAAUAGGGAACGAGGAAAUGGACUCACUAAUGGACCAAGAAGAAGUUAAGAAAGCAGUUAAACCUUCUAAGAAACAACAGCCAAUAAAGUUGGCCAAGAAUAAGAAGCAGCAGGAGGACAAUGAGGAAGAUCAGCAGGUUGAUCCGGAACAGAAGAAACCUACAAAAGGAAAAAAGGUUGGAAAGUCAAAAAAGGAAUCUAAACUUAGCAAAGAGGAAGACUCCCCAAAGGAUCACGAAGCAGCUGAUGAUCAGGAGAAAUCUCCCGAAAAAUCUGCUAAGAACAAUAAUCGCAAUGUGGACAGUGAGGAAGAAACCCAGGUCCGGGAAAAAGAUACCAAAAAGGACUCGCAAAUUGACAAAAACAAAGAUCAGGCGGUAAAUCCCAAGCCAAAAAAGGUAUCCAAGAAAAAAUUACAAAAAGUGAACAGCGACGACGACAUUCAGAACAACGAAGAUGUUGAAGAUACACCGGAUCAGGACAUGGAAGUGGACAGCGAUGGCGGUGAGCAGGACAAACAGACCCCUCUCAAAAAAAUCAAGAAAAAGAAACAACGAUUGGACAGUAAUAGCGAAGAGGAGACCCAGCCAAGUGAAAUCGAAGAGGAAACCGUUUCGCUCAAAAACAAACUUAAAGGUUUAGUGGAUUCCGAGUCAGAGCCAGAGGAGUCCGCUCCAGAAACCAGUCCUAUUAAGAAUAAAUUGAAAGAAGUGGUGGACUCGGAAUCUGAACCAGAGCUUAGCAACAACGAGGAAUCAGCACAAGAGCAGGAAAAUCCCUCUGGAGUUGUCACAGGAAAAGCCAAAAAGCCCAAAGUUGUGCGGGAAUCAGCGAAGAAGGCGCUAGAGGGAAUGCAGGCCAUCCAAAGCGAACAGCAGCGUUUGCACCGCGAGGCGCACAUCAAUGUGCCCUACCAUCAGCCAAAACCCAGGACACUAAAGGAGUUCCUUAGCCGGCGGACUAUCAAUGCUCCGUUGGCAACAGCUCUGGCUGGUGGAAGUCCCAUGCCCAACAGGGAGCCAAGGAAGUCAGUAGGACUGCGGAUGACCCGUGAGGAAUUGGAGGCCUAUGCGAAAUUGAUGGAGGAUCGUGCCAAAGAGGCCACAGAGUUCUUUAAAUCUGAAUCCGAGUCAGAGGAGGACAUUGAUUCGGACAGUGAAGGGCCCAUGGAGUUGAAAGACAAUCCUGGGGUUUUGGAUGAAGUUAUAGAUAAUCCAAAAACCCCUGAACAAGCUAAGUCCCACACAGAAGAGCUGGCCUGCGAAGCAAUGGAGGAGGACCUUGUAAUGGAAGAAACGAGAGUGGAAGACCCCGUUCUCGAAGAAGAACCCAUUGCAUCCACAUCAGCUGCAGCUGCUGUACGCUUUAUAGAUAAUCAGGAGUCAGAGAGUCCGACAAAAUCUCCCAGCAAAGUCUGCCUGAUAACAGAGGUAGUGGAGCUGCCCAGGCUGGACUUGAGCACCAUUAACAUAACACCGCCUUCUAAACCUGCAACGCCAAGAAUCAGCGAAGCCAUUCGGAAAUUAAAGAUCGAGAAAAGCUUGGAUGAAAGUCCUUCCUUGAAGGGUGAUGCCAACAUGGUUAUCGACCUGGAAACAGGCGAUAUGUUCGCGAAGAAACCAACUGGAGUUGAUGAUUUGCUGAAGCGGCUAAUGAAAACCAGAGAGGCCAAAAAGCACAAAACCACAGAGACUGUCAACAUUUUAACCACUGAUCAUGGGAAGCUGGAGAUGUCCAAAGUAAGCAUUCACCUGCACGAGGAGGAGAUAGCUAAGGAACCCAAACCAGGAGCGGGUUACAUGAAAAUGCAAGAGCAGCUUAAGUCCUUGAUCACCAAAAAACGUAUGGAAGAUCUACGCAAGAAGAAGGCUGAAGAGGAAAAGAUGAUGGCAGAGGACGAGGAGGAGGGCAUGGAUGUGGACGAGGAAUAUGAACCAGAAGAUAAACCUGGCUAUGCAGAGGUGACCAUAAACGAGGAUGAGGAGAUCAUAGAAGAUGGCGAGGGUACAGCCGACGAGGAUGAGGUUGCUGAAAACAACAAAAGUGAUGCAGGCGAGGAUGCAGAAGAUGAACCAGUUGAAGAACAUGCUGCGGAGGAAAACAGCAGUGAGAGUGAACAGGAAAGCAGCGAACCAGAGCCAGAACCCGCAACGCAAGGGAGGAAAAAGAACAGAAUCAUUAAGGCUUUUGCGGCCGACGACUCCGAUGAAGAUGAUCUCGAUCUGCUACAAACUCCUAAGCCAAGCAACAUCGCUCCCAUAACAGCCACACAGCUACAAUUGUCCGCCCACAAGCUUUUCGAUGCGGAAACUCGACGAACAGCGAGCGACGAGGAGAAUGAGCUACUCGAUUUGUGCUCCGGUCAGUUCCCGCAGUCCCAGAUGCCUUCUUCCGCUGCACCCUCCGUGGAUACGGCUGUUAUCAGUCAGAUUCCUAUGACACAGUUUGGAGGCAGCAGCCAGGCACCCGAUGAACUGGAGGGCCUUUGUUCCGGCACCUUUGCCUCCCAGGUUCCAUCGCAAAUUCCCACCCAGGAACCGGAGAAGCCAGAAGAAUCACAAGAGCCUCCAAUGGUGGCCAAUAGAAUUGUUUCAAGUGAUGAGGAGGCGAAGGAGGAUGCGCAGGAUGCCGAAAAACCACGCAACAAAAAACUUACCAAGAAGAGACCAAAGAAAAAGGCUAAACUGGGAUUUUCCGAUGAUGAGGAAAGCGAUGGUGAUGUCGAGGAGUUGGAGGAAGAAGAAAGCGAAGGAGAGCCUGUGGAGGAAAUACCGGAAACUUUUGUGGACUACGAUUCGGAGGAGAACGAAAUUGUUGUGGAGAUGACCAAGAAAGAUCGCAAAAUGAGAGCGGCCAACUUUGUGGAUAAAGAAGCUGAGUUAUCUGAAUCCGAAUGGGGAUCUGCCGACGAGGACGAGAAGAACAUGGAUAACUACGACAUAGAGUUGGGCGAUGAGGAUCACUUUGAUCGCGAUAAGCUGCGCCAUGAGUUGGGACAGAUUCAUGCCCGUAAAAUGAUGGAUCAAGAUAUUCGGGAGGUGCGCAAAAUCAAGGAACUGCUCUUCGAAGAGGAGGAGGAGGGAGCAAAUCGUCAACGCCAAUUUCGUUGGAAGAACGUUGAGAGUGGUUUUAGCCUAGAGGACCAUCGUCCAGAAAAUGGUGAAGGAAACGAGGGUAGUGGCGAUGAGGAAAACGAGCAUCUAUGGCGAAAAAUUCGAUAUGAACGCGAGCAGCUGCUUCUGGAAAAAGGACUGAAAGCGGAAGCAGCCUCUCCGCUCUCCACAUCCGUGAUAAACACCAGCAACUCUGGCAGUUCUAUUCGCCGGCUAAAUAUUAUUUCAUCCAAAAAGACAACGGUGGAAGUAAAAAAGAGUUCACCGUUUCUGAUCUCAAAAACAUUAGUGGGCAAACAGCAGAAGAGUGCAGUUCGUGGUUCCUUUUUGGUUCGAGACCAGCAGACUCUCACAAAACUGGCAGGGCUCACCAAAGGACCCUCCGGCGAUGUGGACCGAGCAGAUGGUUCCAUUUCUGUAAAAACAGCCAAGGCCAAAAACUUUGUGUUUGCCACGCUAACGGAGGAGGAACAUGAGAAUCGAAAACGAAAGGCAGCCGAUUUAUUAAACAGUAGCACUGAAACGGGUGUGAAUUUUUUGAAGAAACCUCGAAUGGAACCUCGAAGGGAGAAGUGCCUUAUAGAUCAGCUUCUUUAAAAUAAUAAUUUUUAAUUCUAGACACACCUCUCUUGUACAUUUUAGUUUAAAUUGUAGUAGGAUAGCUAAUAAGAAUAAAAAAAACUGAAUACAUUCAA